UUACCGGGGGAAUCAUGCCGAUCGAACUGCAGAUAAAUAACUUUAAGAAAGAACAGGAAAAGGGAACAGGACAAGAGAAUAUCGUUGCUAGAAACAAGAGAUCCCUAAAUUAUUCUAUGAAAAUACCCUAUUAUAUUUUACGGGUUAUCGGUGUCUGGCCUAUUCGAACAGACGCAUCUCUGUGUGAAAGAUACGGUAGCUAUUUGAUGAAAUGCAUUUGCUACUUUUUCUUCGCGUUCAUUUUGAUACCGGGAUUUCUUCGGAUUUUUCUCAUCGAAAAAAAUACACAGCAAAAAUUAAAAAUAUUCGGACCACUUUGCUCGUGCUCGACGAACGCUAUGAAAUACAGUAUACUCUUGAUGUAUAGAGAGAAGAUCAAAGCGUGUUUGAAACACAUAAGAGAAGACUGGGAAAUGGUAGUUCUUCCGGAAGAUCACGAACUCAUGAUGUCUCAAGCUAAAAUCGGAAGAAUUCUUGCAACCAUGUCAAUUUGUUUUAUUUACGGCGCAGGAUUAUUUUAUCGUACCUUUCUGCCGCUUUCCAAGGGCUCCGUCGUCGUCGGCAAUCACACGAUAAGACCCCUCGCUUGUCCAAGUUAUUUUGUAAUAUUCGAUGAGCAAAAGACGCCUGCUUACGAACUCGUAUUUUUUGGCCAAUUUCUUGGUGGCUUUACCGUUUAUACCGUGGGCAGCGGAGUUUGUGGAUUGGCAGCUUUCUUGAUUAUGCACGUUUGCGGCCAACUUCGGAUAUUGAUGAGAAAAAUGAACGACAUCGUCGAUGGUAAUUAUACCGACGAGAAGAAUCCAAAUAAACGCAUUGCCGAAGUCAUCGAUCAUCAAAUAAGAACAAGAAGUUUCGUUAAAGACGUGGAAGAAAUUUUGCAAUAUCCUUGCAUGGCCGAGAUAAUGGGCUGCACGAGUCUAGUUUGUCUCGUCUUAUACUACUUGGUUAUGGAAUGGGAGGAUAGCGAUGCCACUGGUCUGAUAACUUUUAUUUUACUUUUCGUAUCAUUCGCUUUUAACAUGUUCAUCUUUUGUUAUAUCGGAGAACUUCUUUCGGAACAGGGUGCAAAGGUUGGAUUGACAUCCUGUACCUUAAAUUGGCAUUGUCUUCCUAUAAAGGAUACAAAAUCUUUGAUUCCAGUCAUACUUAUGUCUAAUUAUCCAGUGAAAAUCGUAGCCGGUAAAUUAAUGGAUAUGUCUCUCAGCAAUUUCAACAAUAUUAUCAAAACGGCUAUAGGAUAUUUCAAUAUUCUUCGAAACAGUGUUUAACGUGAUAUCAAACGGCGAAUAUUUUUCUAGCGGAUCAACGAAUUAAAUAACGCCAAAUGUUUGUAUAUAAAUGUAGUGCAGAGAAUAAAUGACGAUAGCCACGAUA